UUUUUUUUGGAUUGACUGCGACAGCUGCCAAUGAUUAUUUCAUCUUCGUGAAGUUGGGACAAAACCGAAGGCAUGCCGCUCGCUCGCAGCCUGUCCGUCACGUCCCUGUCAGGGAUGGAGGACUGGGACGAGGAGUUUGAUUUGGAGGACGCUGUUCUUUUUGAAAUAGCAUGGGAGGUUGCUAAUAAAGUCGGAGGCAUCUACACUGUCAUCCAGACCAAAGCCCGUCUGACCGCAGAGGAAUGGGGGGAGAACUAUUUCCUGGUGGGUCCCUAUGUGGAGAGCAAUGUGCGCACUCAGGUGGAGCUGAUCGAGCCCACUAACCCCGUGCUGAAGAGAACCAUUGACAAGAUGAACUCCAGCGGGUGUAAGAUCUACUUUGGCCGCUGGCUUAUUGAAGGCAGUCCCUAUGUUAUUCUAAUUGAUGUUGCGUACACCGCCUGGUCUCUGGACACCUGGAAGAGCGAGCUAUGGGAGCACUGUGGCAUUGGUGUGCCAUGGUUCGACCGCGAGGCCAACGAUGCCGUGCUGUUCGGCUUCCUGACAGUCUGGCUUAUGGGAGAGUACAUAGCCCAGUCUGGGGAGGCGCCACACAUUGUUGCCCAUUUCCAUGAGUGGUUGGCCGGCCUGGGCCUGGUGUUGUGUCGACAGAGACAGCUGUCCAUCGCAACCGUCUUCACCACUCAUGCCACACUCUUGGGACGCUACCUCUGUGCUGGAAAUGUGGACUUCUAUAACAGACUUUCAGAGUUCAACUUGGAUAAGGAAGCAGGCGAUAGACAGAUCUACCAUCGUUAUUGUAUUGAGCGGGCAGCUGCACACUGUGCCCACGUCUUCACCACGGUGUCACAGAUCACAGCCAUCGAGGCAGAGCACCUGCUCAAGAGGAAACCAGACUUUGUCACUCCCAAUGGGCUCAACGUAAAGAAGUUCUCAGCUGUGCACGAGUUUCAGAACCUCCACGCUCAGAGCAAGAAUCGUAUUCAGGAGUUUGUCCGGGGACACUUCUACGGGCACCUUGACUUCAACCUGGACAAGUGUUUGUUCCUCUUCAUUGCUGGAAGGUAUGAAUUUUCCAACAAAGGAGCUGAUGUCUUCUUGGAGGCUUUGGCUCGACUCAACUAUCUACUGAGAGUCAAUCACAGCGACGUGACCGUCAUCGCAUUCUUCAUCAUGCCUGCUCGUACAAACAACUUUAAUGUGGAGACCCUGAAAGGCCAGGCAGUCAGGAAGCAGCUCUGGGAUACUGCUCAUACUGUGAAGGAACGCUUUGGAAAGAAACUUUAUGAGUCACUUCUAGUUGGACAGCUGCCAGAUGUGUCCAAGAUGCUUGACAAGGAGGAUUUCACCAUAAUGAAACGCGCCAUCUUCGCAAAUCAGAGACAGUGCCAGCCUCCAAUUUGUACUCAUAACAUGUUGGAGGACAGCAGCGACCCCAUCCUAAAUUGUGUCCGCCGUAUCGGCCUCUUCAACAGUUCUGCUGACCGUGUCAAGAUUAUUUUCCAUCCUGAGUUCCUUUCAUCCACCUCUCCGCUGCUUCCCAUGGAUUAUGAGGAGUUCGUGAGAGGCUGCCACCUUGGUGUCUUCCCCUCUUAUUAUGAGCCUUGGGGCUACACACCAGCUGAGUGCACCGUCAUGGGAAUCCCAUCUGUCUCAACUAACCUGUCAGGCUUUGGCUGUUUCAUGGAGGAGCACAUAGCAGACCCCUCAGCUUAUGGUAUUUACAUCCUGGACAGGCGGUACCGAGGGGUGGACGAGUCAUGUAACCAGCUUACUUCCUUCCUGUUCCAAUUCUGCAAGCAGAGUCGGCGCCAGCGGAUCAUCCAGAGGAACCGCACUGAGCGUCUAAGUGACCUCCUGGACUGGAGAUACCUCGGCAGGUAUUAUAUAUCUGCCCGUCAUAUGGCCUUGGCUAAAGCCUUCCCUGACACAUUCAUGUACGAACCUCAUGAGCCCACCUCGACAUCAGGCUUCCGUUACCCCCGACCAGCCUCUGUGCCACCGUCCCCGUCUCUGUCCCGCCAUUCCUCCCCCCAUCACAGCGAGGCUGAGGACAAUGACGAAGACGAACGCUACGACGAGGAUCUGGAGGCAGAGAAGGAUCGGAUGAACAUCCGCCAGCCCUACACCCUGCCAUUCAAAAACAAGCUUUCUUCUGUCCAUGGGGCCAAUGGGUACACUGAUGGUGUCACAAGUGACAAAAAUUGAGACACACACAAACACGCAGAAACACACAAACACUUAGAGUUCAUACUAAACCUCACUAGUGAAACUUUAUCUGUGGCUAUUGCUGAAGUCAUCCAUAAUAAAUGAGUGCAGCUGUGUGAACGCGAGUGAUAAAAUAUAAAUUUAAUAUGGGCAUGUUGUGAAAAUUGCAUCACUGUCAGUGUCUUCCCGACCUCUGCGCGUACCUCAGAAUUUUUUAAACGAUCUACCAGUUUGACAUGUUUUGGUAUUCUUUCAGUUACACCAGCAGUUCAACAAGUGGUUUGCUUUGUGGAGUAAAUGCAGCAGCUAGAAAGGGCUACAUGACUGCUCAGCUUGGGGAGGGGGGGGGAUCACAAUUGCUGGAUUUUGUAGGAUACUAACACUGGAUAACACAGGUAUAGAGCAAUGAAAAAAAUAACAGGAUUAUUAUGAGUCUCUGGAGGGGCUUUUAUACUUGAUUCAUAGGUGGGUCUGAGCAGGGAAAACAACACAACCCUCCUUUUUACCAGCGUGUCAUCUUUACACAUUCAGUGCAGGAAAAAAAAGGCCCAUGUCAGUGUCAGUUCAGGUGAGCAGCCACAAAGAGCACCUAUCCUUUUUACUUUUAAUGUUUUGCUUAAAAGUGUGGUGAUGAUGAUGAUGAUGAUGCUGUAGUGUUUCAAGCUCAAUUCUCCACAUUGUUGUAGCAUAUUCUUCCUUUUAAAAUGCCUUGUUUACUAUAAAACCUCCCAGAAUGGAAAUAAAAUGUAGAUGACACACAAACACAACAACAAAUAAUAUCAGAAUACAAUUCUAAAAAAAAAAAAAAAAAAACUCAUUUUGAGGAUAGCCUGUGUGUGUUUUCAUUUUAUUUCUGUGCCUUAUUGUGUCACAGCCUGUCAGUGUAUAUUACAGAUGAACAACCUUGCACUCCUGUUUAUCCGUCUGUGUGUGUGCUUGUGUGGGAAUGCUUAUUCCUGGGUUUGCCUGUUUCAGCAAGUAUUUAUUUGAAAAAGGAAUAGAGAUGAGACAAGUGGAGGAAAAAAGGGACUGUGUCCUGAGAUGGCAACCUUGUUUUAAUGUGAAGGAUGUGAGAGAAAGGGCAGGAAUAGGAGAUAGAGUGCGUCUUGACUGUUUGUCUGUUACGGAAGAAUGAAAAUGGUUUUACCUGACAUAUACUCACACUCCCUGUAAGACUUCUGUCAUUUGUUACAAUCUUGCACCAGAUGAACUUAUAAUAAAGAUUAAAUAUAUAGAUCUAUCAGUGUUUUACAAACCAUAA